AUGGGCAGCAGGAGUGUCAAGCGCCAGAAAGUGGAUAUAGAUUUCUACCUCCGCCGAGUCUUCCAGAAGAAGUCGUUUCGUCCCCUUCAGCGUGAAGUGAUCUCCGCCGCUAUUGACGGCCACGAUGUGUUUUUGCAGGCAAACACUUCCUUUGGGAAAAGCUUGUGCUUCCAACUACCUGCAGUAAUUAGCCAUGGCGUAACCAUUGUGAUUUGCCCUUUGCUUGCCUUGAUGACAGAUCAGGUAAAAGCACUUCAGGCUUUAGGAGUUACAGUAGCAACGAUCAACUCGACGACUCCUAUUGCCGAAAGACGUGUGGUCUUGGAUGAUCUACUGUCCGGCCAUCCAAGAACCCGGCUCCUCUACGUAACGCCGGAACUCUGUCAGACAGAGAUGUUCCGACGCAAUCUCCAAACGAUUCACCGCCAAGGAGAGCUGAUUCGUGUUGCUAUCGAUGAAGCCCAUUGCAUUAGCGAAUGGGGUCAUGACUUUCGGCCCGCAUACAAAGAGUUGGGUUGGUUCAAGCGAACUCUGACAGAUCCACCGGUCCCAAUCAGUGCCCUUACAGCGACUGCAACGCCUCGUGUCCGGGAAGACAUCAUCAAGCUUCUUGGAUUGGACGCUUCCCAGUUGAAGAUUUUCAAUACCCCUUCUGCACGCCCAAACAUUCACUACGAGAUUAGGUACCUCGAUGAUUUUGCUAGUGACCCCACAGAGCCGGAAGGUUUCCAAAUCAACAACCUCGUCUCAUGGCUGCAGUCUGUGCAGGCUCGAAGAGAGGCCAUAACAGGUGCUGCUCCUGCCGCUCUUCCCCCAAUAUCUGGGAUUAUCUACGUGCCUCUCAGAACCGUCUCCGAUAAACUUGCCCCUGCCCUCGCAGCAAGUUGGCCAGGCCGCAUCCACGCGGUGGCUUACCACGCUGGCUUAUCCUCUGAAGAUCGAACCCGUAUACAGUCCGAAUGGACAUCGUCCAAGAUCUUCCCUCAGCGCUCAAACAAAGACGAGUCACCGAAGGUGCCAGCAUUUUACGUAAUCGUCGCUACUACUGCGUUCGGCAUGGGCAUUGACAGCCCUCAUGUCCGAUUCGUUAUUCACUGGAGCCCACCGCGGAGCUUUGAAGGGUUUGUCCAAGAAUCUGGCCGUGCAGGCCGUGAUGGUCGUGCUGCAGCAUCAAUCGUCUACUACAAUACUCAAGAACGCGACAGGAUUCUUGACCGUCUGCAGCGAGACAUUGAGAACGCUCGCAACCGCACUGGUGGACAAAUGAACUACCAGAACAACAAGACACAAACCACCGUUCAGAACCAGCUUUCUAGACUCGCUAGCUUCGAGAAAGUGAUCAGCUACUGCGAAAAUACUACACGAUGCAGACACAACCUGAUAAAAGAUUUCUUUGGGGACGUCGAGCUUGAAAAGAUGGGCUCCCAAGUCCCUACAUCGUCGGGGGCGCAUUCCAGUGGGCCCAAUGCCUCACCAUGUGACUUUGCGUGCGAUUUUUGCAAAGAAGGUCCGCAUGCUCUUGCUAAGCGGAAGGCGAGAAUGGCACCCGAAAGUCGCCUGGAGGACUUUGUGGAUAUGAACACCCCGUGGUACAUGCAGAGGAUGUUCCCAGGCGUCUUUCCGUGA